AUGUUCACUUGCAACAACUCAAUUCCUCAACCUUCAGUAUUUGUGCUGGCUGGAAUUCCUGGCUUGGAAUCUUACCACGGUUGGUUUUCUUUGCCAUUUUUCCUGGUAUUUCUUAUUGCACUCAUUGGAAAUAUCACCAUUUUAUGCAUCAUUCAGGUAGAGAAGAGUCUUCACGAGCCCAUGUUUCUCCUCUUGGCUAUGCUAUCAAUUAUUGAUCUGUCUCUGGUCACUGCCACCGUGCCCCGCAUUCUGGGUAUAUUUUGGAUGAAUGCUAAAGAAAUAAGCUUCAAUGCGUGCCUUACACAGAUGUUUUUUAUUCCUUCCUUUUAUGUCAUGGAAUCUGGGAUCCUCUUGGCUAUGGCUUUUGACAGAUUUGUGGCCAUCUGGCACCCUCUGAGAUAUACAACCAUCCUUGCAAACUCCAUGCUUGUGAAGAUGGCACUGGCUGUCCUAGCACGAGCAAUAGCAAUACUGACCCCAGCACCCAUCCUGACAAAAAGACUGGAAAGCUUCCAGACCCAUGUCAUCGCUUAUUCCUACUGUGCUUAUAUGGCAGUGGUACAGAUAGCCUGUGGAGACAUCUCUGACCACAUUGUCUAUGGCCUUAUGGUUAUUGUAGCAUCUGUGGGAUUUGAUCUGUUCUUUAUUAUGUUGUCAUAUGGUCUGAUUCUCCAUGCUGUCUUUCGCAUACCUUCUUGGGAGGCCAGGGGCAAAGCUCUCAGCACAUGUGGCUCUCAUCUUUGUGUCAUUGCUCUCUUUUAUUCUCCUGUUGUUUUCUCCGUUCUGGCCCAGAUUUUAGGCUACCAUAUGGCUUCCCAUCUACAGAUAAUUAUUGACAAUCUCUACUUCUUGGUACCGCCCAUGGUCAAUCCCUUGAUUUAUGCUGCUAGGACCAAACAAAUGAGAGAGUGGGUGACCCGAAUCCUCCAUUGUCGUAGAGACUGA